UCAAACACUCCAGGCCCCGCACGGCAUCCACAAUGGAUGAGAUGCCGCCUCAACAGCCCCAGAGGGCUCCAACUCGUCGGGCACUGAGGAAGGAACAACAGACACACAGCAGCAAUGCACACACACAAGAGGAGCCAGCCAGUAUCGUUUGUUGCAGAAUAUUGCCUACAUGACAACCCCAUGUCUAUGCGGCCCAUCGAUGGGAAGCUGUCCGACCCCCAGCCGUCCAAUGCACCCCCAGUGAGACUGACCGAAGGCCCCCGAUGGCCCACAUCAACAGUGCCCACUUCCCUCUCCGCGCCCAUCGCCCCCAGCACGGCCCUGCAGUCCUCUGCCCUCACAGCUGAGUUGAACUCCACCAGCUCCACCUCCCUGGGCAUCUUCUGGGCCAGAAGCCGACCCGCAGCACCGCCAAGAGCACUGUUGAUUUCCAUCGAGCUUCGGGAAUAAUAGAGCUGUCGGGAUCUUGGGAACUGCUGCAGGUGGUUGAUGAUGGUGGGCUGAGGUGAGGGGGCGCCGGGAGGGGGGACGAAGCCAUGGGCGUUGAAGACACACACCGACUCCACGUUGUCGAAUGUGAGUGUCUUGGCGAUGUCGAUGGCCGCCUGGCUGGGGCUGUCGACGGGGUGAGUGAGGCUAUGCUGGCUGAUGGUGUAGCUGAUCUGUGCCGCCUGCCGGACCAGUGUCUGGAUGGCCAUCUUGUAGAAGCGGGAUGGGUGGGAGGGGAAUUUGUCGGCAUUGAAGAGGGACAGGUCGAAGCGGUGCUGCUCGGACAGCUCCCAGGCCCCUGGUGUCGACGUCACAGUAAUGUUCGCGUUGGGCGUGCAGCAUUCCUUGACGAGGCUGUCGACUGCGAGCAGGGAGUCGAUGGCCGUGUGGUCGCCGAGCGGUGGGAUCUGCACGUCGAGCUCUUUGAGCGACUUGCGGCAGCCACGAGAUGUGAGCACAUCCUACAAGACAAAAAACACAAAGACGUGACGAGCGUAUCCACAGGAUCGUGUGCGGCCUCUCUUGUGUGUGAUGGCUGCCUACCUUGAGCUGCUCAACUCCCCCCUGGUACUCCUCGUGUGUCUGUCCAUCCCGAUGCUCAAUCAGCCCGAUACUCUGCAGCUGACUCAGCGGCCCCUGCUGCCCCUUUUCAGCCUUGGGGAUGUGCUCGAACAGACUGGCCCACUGCUCACCCACCAGAUAGCCGCCCACGCGCUGCAGACACCGUGACGAGCUAAUGAAGCUGCCCAACUCAUCCGGCCCCCACCCUGUCUGCUCCACUGUCUCGAGUGACGGCAUGCGCCAGCCUCUGUUGGCCAGCUCACCGUGCUGGCGGACGGCUCCUGCGACGGCCUUGAGUGAGGGGAGGGUGGGGGGCUCGGUGAGGCGAGGAGGGAGAGGGGGACGCUGCCGCCUCAGCUGACGGCCCUCCGCCGCACUCAUCCGCACCUCUUCGAAUGCGAUGGUCUCCAGCCGACUGGCCGACGGUCGCACCUCGGAGGGCCUCUGGGUGGCGGGGGCAUCUCCCUGCGUGUCGGGAUGGUCGGUGUCGGGAGGCGGCUGAGUGGGGGCGGGCGGGGCGGCCGUGGUCUCAAUGAUGGUCACCAGCACGUCACCGCACCACAUGGGGUGAUGCUCAGGGCGGUACUGGCGAGGGUGGCAGAGGGUGAUAUGGGUGAGGCCGGUGAGCCGUGCUGCCAUUCGCUUGACGAGGUCGAGAGGGAUCUUCUGCCAAAAGGUGCGGCCCUCGGUCGGCGAUCGCCAGCAGUGCUCGUCGCCCUUGGCGCAGUCCAUGAAGAGUCGUGUGUGGCUGGGGGCCGCCUUUGCCCACAUCUGCCUGGUGCUCUUGGCCAGCCGCUGGGAGAGGGGGACGAGCACAUGAAGGGGCAGACACUCCAUCACCAACGAACAAAUCUGCACAACACACACAGAGGCAGGGAUGGGUGUGUCUGUAUGUCCGUCAUUCACUGCAGAUCCCCUCUGGCUGGUCUCACCGUUUCUAUGCGCUGCUGCUGCUCUCCGUCGCCCGCCGCUGCACCGUCCUCUACAACACUAGCACCACCACUACCAGCACCAGCCGGGCUGUCAACCACACGCGCGCGCUUGUUGCCAUCACCAACACACACCUGGACAGACAGACGCAGCCCUGGUCCACGUGUGUCAGUGUGUCUGUCUGUGUCUGUGUGUUCGUACGGCUUUGGAGUGCUGCCCUUCUCUGUUGGUCUCGCCCGAGCUCACAGCGCCGCCCACGCGAUGGAUGCACCGAAACAACCUCCCGUCGCCAUCAGAGCCCUGACCACACACACACCAAGCUCUCCUCUAGAUGUGUGUCUGAUGGGUGUGCGUACCUGUUGCUGAUGCGGUGGUGUGUGGGUCUGAUUGUGCGGGACGACCUUCUGGAACGGCUCCCGCACCCCGUUGACCGCCUCCACCGCCCUCAGGUACACCACCGUCCCUCCCUCAGUCGGCUGCACGAGAUACACCUCGGCCAGCGCCAUGCCCCUCUUCUGGACAGUCGACACCAUCCACAGCCGAGUGCCCUCCUCGUAACUCUGAGGGCCACGGCGGGACGCCAGCUGCACAACACACAGACAGAGGCAACGGAGGAAUGAGUGAGUCUGUCAGUUAGUCGCUGCAGAUCCCCCCUUGGUCGGCCUCACCUCUUUAGUGCGCUCUUGGACUUCUUCAUCGCUGGCCGCUACACCAUCCUCCACACCACUACCAGCACCAGCAGCAGCAGCCGAAGCACCCCUCUGCCGGUGAGAAACAAGCAGCAACGGGCAAUAGGACAAUCAUCACUCCGCUGCAGCCGACUUGCGUCACCUUCGCGGUUUCCCUCUCAGACAUGAUCUCUCUCUGUGCGAUGAAUGGCUAAGUCGUCUGGACCAUCUCGACUCGACAGCUGCCGCCCACCUGCAGCACACACGCCAUCCGUCAAGCCAUGAAUCGCGCGUGUGUGCGUGUCCAUGAAGGGUCAUCCAUCCAUCCAUCGCCAUGGCUUACCGGCGAGAGGCUCUCUGGUGAGGCUGCUGAUCGAAAUGCGCUAACCACAGCACUCACGCUGCUCACGUGA